GCUGCGCGCGGUAGAAAAUGGCAGAAAAGGACGCCGUAGCCAAUCAACCUUACGUUUUUACGGAGAAGUGAAUUGAUUGGCCGCCGCGUUAAUAACAGACAAUUCGUGGAUCGCCCGCACACGACGCACCACGCAGCCUGAGCCGAGGGACUCCGUUUUUCAACGGCGUAAAAACAACGGCGGGGAAACAGGUUAAAACGUUCAAUCUGCUUCGCGCGCGAAUAAUACCGAGGAUGGAGAACAGCGGCGAGAGCGGAGACGACGGUCCUCUCGGGCCGACGUUCCUGGGUGGCAGCGCCGUUGCGACGUCCUACAUCGGCGUGCAGUCGGACGACAUGGAAGACGAUCCCGAAAACACAGAUGACUCGAAUCACGGCACGGGCGAUCCAUUGCAGAGCCCCGGGGUUUCCACCGGCGGCGGGCCGCUACGCGAGCAGGAUCGCUUCCUGCCGAUAGCGAACGUCGCCAAGAUCAUGAAGAGGGCCAUCCCGGAGUCUGGAAAGAUAGCCAAGGACGCGCGCGAGUGUGUUCAAGAGUGCGUGUCCGAGUUCAUCUCAUUUAUCACGUCGGAAGCGAGCGACAGGUGUCACAUGGAGAAGCGUAAAACUAUCAAUGGUGAGGACAUUCUGUUCGCCAUGACCACGCUCGGCUUCGACAAUUACGUCGAGCCGCUGAAAGUGUACCUACAGAAGUAUCGCGAGGCGACGAAGGGCGACAACCCGCCCAACGCCGGGGCGGCCACUGGCAAUGGAAAGGUGGAGCCGCAGAGCAUGUACGAGGAUCAGUUGUUCGCUAUUACCGCGACGGCGGCCAGCGUGACCACUUCCGACUCCUCUGUCAUCUACAGUUACUCGACGAACGAGCAGAUGCAGUUUCAGCUUUCCUGAUCAUCGGGAGUUAAAGUGAUAUUGAUAUAAGUAUUUAUCGUAUUUGUACGGAGACACACUGUGUGAUCUGUGAAUCAUGGGCAUCGAUGACGAUCGCGUAUGCAGAUCCAAUCGCGUGGAAAAGAGGAACGGUUUUUUCGCCUAGCAAUAUGCGUAGCAAAGUAUCUUUAAGCUUUUAACAUUAAGACGAUGAUCAUUAUUAAGAUUCGGCCGAGAGAACGGAGAGUGUCGGAGGGUAAAGUUGAGAAAGUAACUUUAAUCUUUGUAAAGAAGCAACUUGUAAGCGUGAGCGUAAAUAAACCAGGAGACUUCGCGAAACGAGAAGCCCGGUCGACGUGGUUGGGGUGGUUUUCCUUUACUUUCUCGAAUGCAGCAAGGAUA